AUUCUGAGUGCACAACACCGCACUGAGAUCUUGCGCAAGAAGUUGUGAGAUUUUUCACUUGGCCUGGUUUUUAUUGAAUUUAACACGAAUUUGGCAUUAUAACAACUUAAAAAUCCUGUAAAAAUUUGCCGAAAUGUCUACUUACAUAGCGCUACGUGCUUUUCUCAGUCCUGUAGUCCGCAAGUCCCUGACUCAGAUUCUGUUCAAUAGUGGAGCUGUGCUGCGUUCCAGGGCUCCGGGAGCUGCACUUUGCCAGCAUUCCCUACAGAAAAGGUUCUACGCCGAGAAGCAGGUCUUCAAGCGUGAUAAGCCGCAUUGCAACGUAGGAACCAUUGGUCAUGUGGAUCAUGGAAAAACAACCCUGACGGCUGCUAUUACCAAGGUGCUGGCAGACAAAGAUCUCGCCGAGAGCAAGAAAUAUGCCGACAUUGACAAUGCCCCGGAAGAGAAGGCUCGCGGUAUCACCAUUAACGUUGCUCACAUUGAGUAUCAAACAGAAAACCGGCACUAUGGUCACACCGACUGUCCGGGACAUGCUGAUUAUAUUAAAAACAUGAUUACCGGUACGGCCCAAAUGGAUGGAGCCAUUCUGGUGGUGGCCGCCACGGACGGCGCUAUGCCCCAAACCAGAGAGCAUUUACUUCUAGCUAAACAGAUCGGCGUUAAUCACAUUGUUGUAUUCAUCAAUAAAGUGGACGCGGCUGACCAGGAAAUGGUCGACCUGGUGGAGAUGGAAAUCCGGGAACUGAUGUCCGAAAUGGGCUUUGAUGGGGACAACGUCCCGGUAAUUAAGGGCUCAGCUCUGUGUGCUCUGGAAGGAAAAAGUCCGGAAAUCGGAGCCGAUGCUGUUAUGAAGCUACUGGAGGAGGUUGACAAAUAUGUGCCGACCCCGACCCGUGACUUGGACAAACCCUUCCUCCUUCCGGUGGAGUCGGUUCACAGCAUUCCAGGACGUGGCACAGUAGUUACCGGUCGGUUGGAACGAGGAACCUUGAAGAAAGGACAGGAAUGCGAAUUCGUUGGAUACAAUAAGGUAUUCAAAUCCACUAUUACCGGAAUUGAAAUGUUCCACAAGAUUCUGGAGGAAGCCCAUGCCGGUGAUCAGCUGGGUGCUCUGAUCCGUGGCAUCAAGCGAGACGAUAUCAAGCGUGGUAUGGUGAUGUGCAAACCAGGUUCGGUCAAGGCCAACGAUAACUUCGAAGCGCAGGUGUACAUUUUGAGCAAGGAAGAGGGUGGCCGACACAAACCGUUCACCAGUUUCAUCCAGCUGCAGAUGUUCUCGCGUACCUGGGAUUGUGCUACCCAGGUGCAGAUACCUGGCAAGGAGAUGGUUAUGCCGGGAGAGGAUGCCACAUUGCAGUUGCGUUUGAUUCGGCCGAUGGUGCUGGAACAGGGUCAGCGAUUCACCCUUCGUGACGGUCACAUAACGCUGGGCACGGGUGUGGUUACAAAGGUGCUGAGCCCUCUGUCCGAAAAGGAGCGAUCGGCUUUGAUUGAAGGUAAGAAGGCCCGCGAGAAGGCUACUAGCGGUAAAGCUUAAGCUUGGAGGUGAAAUAAUCGUAUCUUUUAAAAUUAAUGAUAUAAGUCAUAUUAACUGUUAAAAUAAAAACGAUUGUAUUAUCGCCGAAA